AUGACAUCAACGGAAACCGACCAGCAAACGACAUUUAAAGGCGAAGAUAUAACUCCUGAAAAAGAUGGAGGUAUUAUCAAAGAAAUACUUAAAGAAGGUCAUGGUGACGAACAACCGUUACCAAAUGAUAAAGUCUAUGUGCAUUAUGUUGGUACAUUACUUGAUGGCACUAAAUUUGAUAGUAGUCGAGAUCGAAAUGAAAAAUUUGAAUUUGACCUUGGUAAAGGUUCAGUUAUUAAAGCAUGGGAUAUUGGUGUUGCAACAAUGAAACGUGGUGAAAUAUGUCGUUUAACAUGUAAAUCUGAAUACGCAUAUGGUGAAAAUGGUUCGGGUGAUAAAAUUGGUCCAAAUGCAACAUUAGUUUUUGAAAUUGAACUUUUUGAUUUUGUUGGUGAGGAUUUAAGUGAAGGAAAAGAUCAUAGUAUUGUUCGACGAACUUUAAGAAAAGGUGAAGGAUGGGCUAAACCAAAUGAAGGUGCUACUGUUGAAGUUAUGCUUAAGGGUACUCAUAAUGAUCAUGUAUUCGAUGAACGAACAGUAUCAUUUACUGUUGGUGAAGGUUUCUUACAAAAUAUUCCUGAAGGUGUCGAACAUGCUAUGACAAAAAUGACAAAAAAUGAACAUGCUCAAUUAAAAUUAAAAUCGAAAGCAACAACUGGUGUAGAAAAAUUCAGCAUUCCAAAAAAUACUCCUGUUCAAUAUGAUGUUACAUUAUUAAAUUUUGAAAAAGCUAAGGAAUCAUGGUCAAUGAAUGAUGCAGAAAAACUUGAACAAUCAGAAAUUAUAAAAAAACGUGCUGCAGAAUUAGUUACAGAUGGACAUUAUCGAUUUGCUAUUAAAAAAUAUGCUAAAAUUGGUGAUUUUCUUCAAACAACAACUUAUGAAAAUGAAAAUGAUAAAAAGAAAGCUGAAGAAUUAAAAUUAAGUGCACAAUCAAAUACUGCCUUAUGUUAUUUAAAAUUAAAUGAUUAUGUUGAAUGCAUUCAGGCAUGUGAAAAAGCAUUAGAAGUAGAUCCAAAAAAUGAAAAAUGCUUAUUUCGUCGGGGCCAAUGUCAAUUAUCGAUGUCAAAUUUUGAUGAAGCUAUGAAAGAUUUUCAAGAAGUUUUAAAAUUAAAUCCAUCAAAUAGUGCUGCGAAACAAUCUGUUCAAAAAUGUCGCGAAGAAAUGAAAGCUUAUCAUCAAAAAGAAAAACAAUUAUAUGCUAGUAUAUUUGCAAAAAUGGCUAAACAGAAUGAAAAAAAUGAAGCUGAAGCUACCAAUGGUGAUGCCAAAACGAAUGAAGAAAAUAAAACUGAACAAACAACGACAACAAAUUAA